AUUGUAGCGAAUUUGAAGGUCAACUUACCCCAUUUUCAGUAUCUGUCUCUAGACUGUCUAAUUUCUCCGCUGUAAAGCGCGCUGUUGUUUGUCGAUUGUCUCUUUCUAUUCUAUGCAAGUGCAUCUUGAGUGCUUUAUCAGUCGUCGCCUGACGUUUUUCUGUUCCGCUUCUCCCAGAUCCGAUUGGUCACCUUGAAACUCUCACUUCUACGCCCCUCUGAAAAAGCAUACAUAGCUGCAGGCUGGACGAAAAUUCAUCAAUAGACUCGGUUAACAUUUUAGUCGGGCCAAAUAGGACAAUGUUAGGCAGCUCAAUUUAGAAAACGUUUGGCCAACUGUGGGGAUAGGUGUUUAGGUGAGACCGAGUUUCAGGAAUGGCCUACAAUAUUUCAGUCCCUGAUGCCUAUAAGUACAGAGCAAUUUUCGAUCAGCUGCAACCUACUUAUGGAAAGCUACCUGGCAUAAAGAUUAGGGAGGUGUUCUUGAAAUCUCGGUUGCCGAUAGAAACUCUCGGAAAAAUAUGGGACCUUGCAGAUAUUGAUAAUGAUGGUAGCUUAGACCAAAGCGAGUUUAUUGUCGCCAUGCAUCUGGUUCAUCGAUCACUGAGGGUGAAAAGCUACCGGACAAGCUUCCUCAAAAUUUGGUUCCUCCGGACAAAGAACGUUACUUGUCAAAUAAUAUCUCUAAUAAUUCCGUACUUUGCCUUACAUCAGUUACCAGUGAAACUGAUUUUAAUUUGGCAUUGGUCCCUGUUCAACCUACCUGCGAAUCGAGUCCAAGAUUAAGUGCUGGAGAUUCAUCCGCACUUGCCUUG